UUAUGAAUAUUGUGAGUUCACUUGCUGUUCCCGGCGUUUGGUCCUACUAUAACAAGGAGAAGGACGUGCAGAGUACCCGUGCAACACUUUGGUGCGCACCGGAAACGGAGGAGGAGCGAGAUCAGCCUGGUGUGCUACCCAAAGUAUGUGGGUACCGACUUACAACACAUCACCAGGUUCUCGCUUCAACUGACACCGAUUCUCUCGUAAAACAGCUGAUAUGUUAUAUUAACGGUAGAAAUGGCGUUGACAAUGCCGUGCGCUUUGAGGCAGCUUUGGAUGUACUGGACGUGCUACUCUUGUUGCGUCAUCAUGUUCGAUUAUGCGUAACCAGUGAAGAACUAAACCAUCUUUGGGAAUCAUUAGGAAAUACCCUCGCCAAGGGGCACUCUUUCCUACCCGCAAUUGACUGCAUUGCCAUCUGUUCUGCAAUUCCAAACUGCCCGUUACUGCAGCAUUAUUUUGAAAGGUUAACAAAACAGCUGGUGGAACUUCUGGAGACCUGUCUUUUUGAUUCGAGGUCACAGCCAUGCCUGGACCGCAUACACAAGUGGAUUGCAGCGUUUCAGCGAGUCGAAAGUUUUGUCGUCGAUACUCGUUCCUCACAUGCACCUGCCCAGAUUUUGCUAGGUUUUGCCGAAGCUUGUACUCUGAAGUUUUUGGACUAUGUCGAGGAGCUAAAGGCGCUCGUACCCAUCACUAUUAUUGCAGAUCCACUCGACUGCUUCACAGAAGAGACUUUACUCUUGGCAUUUUGCCAACUGCUUACAAGUUGGGCCAAUAUUUCUUCAGCUUUGAGCGAAAUGUGUGCGACCUCAGGUGGCCAAAAUCCCGAAGUGGCUCCUGUAACUGAAGAGGGGGAACCUUCUUCCAAACUCUUUCCACUCGCCGUCGAGACGACUUCAGAUGAUCCGAAAACGUUGCAAAGCUCGAAGAAUGAUGAUGACUAUGUUGCCAUAUCUGGCACUUCCACCUCGGAGAUGGCCUGGAUACUGGGUGACCGGGGAGUGGAGAUAACAGCAUCGAAACUUAAAGGAGUUCUCAAGAAUCAACGUGAAUCCUGUGCUGCAACCGCACAAGAUGAGUCAGCACGAGCGGAUACGCGUUUCAGCUACAAACUGAACUGGCCACGUCAUCUUUCGAAUUCCGAAUUCGCCAACAUGUUCAACAUACUCUUUCAUAGGAGUUUACGUCGAAGAAUCGCCAUGGUCACUGUGGGCUCAGACCCCAAGGAACUAGACCUAUCCGGGGUAGAUCAACCUGUUGACGGUGGCGAUUCUAGUGCAUCACUUGAUAGUUCAGUUAUCAGUCUCCUUCUUCAAGUACCAUUGUUCGCCACCUCACUUCAUGGACCACUGUUUGGCAAUGUGGGGUGCAGCAUUGUGGAUGAACAUUCUGAUGAGUUACCCGCGGCAAAGGGAGAGCAAACUCAACAGUUUUACUACGGUUUCACCAGCCGAAGUACCACAGGUUCGUGGAUGGGUGCCGUAGGGACUGGAGCUGGACUACCCUAUCCAUCCAUCUGCGUUAGCAAAUCGACCUCCGAUUUCGUAUCCUUCGUCAUUUCAACAGUAACGCCCGUACUGAUCAGCAUGAUGGAGGCAGACUUACAAAACCCCAUAGCUUACAACAUCUCCCAUCUGCUGGAACAUCUCACAUUAUCGCCACCUGAUAAAGAGACACCACCGGUUGUCAGUAGUCCAGGUUAUCCAAUAACCUCUAACUUUGCAAACGACUCGGAAAGGGAAACUGAGGAAAACAGUUUUCGCUCAAUAGUCCUCGACGCUCUGGGUACACUACUUCACUUCUUGAGUGGUCAUCAAACAUCCACAUCCGAAGACGAAGUCGGUACGGGCAUUAUGGUUCAAAUCGGAAAUAUUGUACUCUCUACCGGUAGUGACGAAGAAGCAAGAAAUUUGGAGCGCUUGGCGUUGUGCAUGUCGGAUUGUCUGCUGCUUCGUUCCCUUUGCAACGUAUUGGUCGCUGUAUUUGUGAACAAAUUUAAAAUCCCAAUAUCAAGCAUGUCGGACUCGUUGAACUUGUUGACCUCGGAUGAUGUAUCCAGCCAACUGACCGAACUUAUGAAACAGUAUGAUUAUGCUAUACGUGCACUCAGUGAGCAUCUAGUGGAUUUGUCGAUUCAACACGGAGAGCAUCUUGCCAAUGAACUCAUGGAAUGUCAGCAGCACACUGUUGAUCAAUCCUUGAUUGACCAUUUGACGCCGGAAACAUCAGCUUUGUUGAUCUACCGGCAUUUAUCUGAUUUAUGGGGACUGGUGUCAAAAACUUGCCCGGCUGGGCUUGCUCGACAAAUCAUGGCCCAUGUCUCGGGACAGUGCCUUCAUUCUGUGGCCCAGUUAAUCACGACAGGAGAGUUUCUCACUUCGACUGAUCAGCGAUCCGGUUUGAAGUCGGACCUGUGGACCUUGAUGAAAACAGCUGAAUUCUGCCUGCUUGUCUCUUCUGAGACUGUCUCCGAAGUCAUUGGUGUGGGUCAGCUUCCCGCAGAUGUGAGCCUCAUUCACGGCGUCGCGACAUUGCUAACACAGACGUUUGUUUGUCAGUACAUGCCAGAUACUGUUUGGGACAGAAUCCAUCUUGGAGGUUUCUACAAGGGUCUCGAGACAGAUAAGACAGAUUUCCUGUUCGCACUUUCGAACUGGCUUCGAUUUACCAACCCUGCGUUGUUUCCAGAACUUCCAUGCGUAUUGCUGCAAACACGGCGUGAUCAGACGGAGUUGGAGAUUGAAUGGGAACUGUUCACUCACGGGCAUCACUUUGAUCCAGUUCGUUUGGUGAAUCUUCUCACGUUGUCUGAGGCCAAACUCAGCCUGAACAUGCUCACCCAUGUCUCCUCACCGAAAUUCUUCUCCAUCUCUAAGGAGGAGUAUAACUUGGCCUGCCGCUUGUUUUUGGCACUGUUUCGCAUUUGCUCCCUGGUCCCGGGACUACACUCCUUCCCCACAACUCUGCUAACUCGGAUCUAUUCCGGAGAGAAAUCUCGGGCCAUCGGUGCUUGUUCAUCCGACUCAAGUCUACCAGAAUGUUGGCCUCCGUGGUUCCGUGCUAUCUUACAGUUAUUAGCUGAUCCAAUAACCAGGAUCUACAAUGCAUUUGAGGUCUUGGUUCGGCGGCAUGUUAGCCUGGACGAAGCUCUCGCUGCUGAUACCCUCAUCACUGAUUCGAAACACCGGCCUCCAGCCGCAAUCUUUCAAGGACAUCAGCCGCUGCAACGUUCAUUUUUGAUUAAUAUCUUUCCAUCCGGGGAACUCCCUUGUGGAUGUAGUGUUCCGCAUCCGAUCCCUUUGGGACCUCAAGGGUUGGAUACCACUCUGGCAGAUGAGGGACAUAACGAUAAUCCUUCGCUUUCGAAACGACAACAAGCAACUCAAAAAAAGUUACAAGAACUGAAAAUCGGAAGCUACGACUCCUACUACACACAUACAGGAUAUAUUCGCGAAGCGUGGAGGAGUUUGGCUGUGGAUAUAGUUCACUGUGUGAUUUUCUCCGUGCCGGCUAGCAUUCUAUCAGCAUUUGUCGCCAUCGAGGAGAUGAUUGGGCGGGUCCCUAGCGAUUCAUGUCUAGCAGGUGUGAUUUUCUCCGUGCCGGCUAGCAUUCUGUCAGCAUUUGUGGCCAUCGAGGAGAUGACUGCGCAGUCGCCCUCGGAGAAAGUGAUCCCCCUUAGGGGUGGGUCCCUAGCGAUUCAUUUCUUUCUAGCAGGUCUUCUGCUGCGUGUUUUCGACGAGAAUGAAAACGCGGAAAUACGCCGUCUCCAACACCUCGUGCUCUGGGAACACCUUUGUAGUCUCUUUGAGGCACCAGAAGGACAAGAACAAGAAGUGAUGGAGUGCAAAAAACGAAUGACUGCUCAUCUGGAGAACCUGUUGAAUCAACCGGGCGAGUUUUCUGAGGUGAUAGACCAAAGCGCCAGCAGCAGAAGCUUCCAACUCACUCAACAGGUGCGCAUCGUUCAACAACACGGUACGUUGCCCACGGCACAAGCAGAUCUUUGUAAUUUGUCCAAUUAUCCCUCCGACUUCCUCGUGCUCAGUCUAAUUUGUGUUAUUAUCCUGUUUACAGCGCUUCCAGAUUUGUACUUCAUACACUGGUUUUUCAAGCGGAAUACCUCCUGGAUCCGUGAGCUUAUUCGACAGGACCUCGGUUCUUCAGCGACGACCUCCGAACCAAACUUGUCUGUGGUGCUCGACAAAUCGGAUGAGGGACAAAAACCGAACGCUUACUUAUGGCUCCGUCAGGAGGAACUCGAUUGGGAUCAGUUGAGUUUAGUCAAUAUUGGACUGACGCCUGAUGGUAUCGAGGAUCUUCGAAUUGGUCUUGACCAAUCAGAACUGCAGCAGUCUCACAACAACCUUACCUCGGCUGUGCAAAUCCAGGCAUAAUAAAUCGAACCCAUCAUUAUGUGGGUUCUGUUGACAGAUCCAUCUUACUUUCUUUUAGUACUCACCUCCAAAUCGCGUCACAUUAACCCUUCGUUGUUCUUUCUUGGUAAAAUCCAACAUCAUCGUUCCAUAACUUGCUUAACUUCUUUGGUAUGUAUCAGGUUACUUGCUUUUCGUAAGUAGUAUGUUGCUCG